AUGCGAACAUUAACACAUCGUUUUUUAUUAAAUUUAGCCGUUUCAGAUUUAAUUGCAACAGUUGUUUGUUUACCACCAACAGCUUAUCACUACUAUGAUAAACGAUGGAUUUUUGGAGAAUUUUUAUGUCGAUUUGUGCCAUUUAUGCAAGGAACAUCCGUUGCUGUAUCCGUAUUCACAUUAAUGGCUGUAAGCAUUGAUCGAUAUUUUGCUAUACACAAACCGAUUCAUGCUAAAUUAUUAUGCUCACAUAAACGCGUUUUACUAACAAUUGUGUUGACUUGGCUAUUAUCAUUUUGUCUCAUGAUUCCGUUAAUUAUCCAUCAUCGAAUUGUUGAUCCAUUUGACACUACGAUCACAACAUGUGCUGAAGAAUGGCAUCGUGAUAUGAAUUCACGAUUAAUAUAUGAUUUUGUUCUAUUAUUUGUCUUGUUCAUCAUUCCAUUAACACUCAUGUCCUAUUGCUACAUAAAAAUAAGUUGGUCAUUAUGGCAUAUUGAUCCACAUGUAUCACAUUCAAUUCAAACUUGGUCACAACAAAGGUCAAAUCGUUCAUCAACAACAAUAUCUGAUCAUCCAAAUAAUCAUAAUUUAACGAUAAUUCAUUCUCGUCCGCACUAUGUUCACUAUCCAAGCAACAAACACAAACAUCAUAUCAUUGUGGAAAAUGGUUGUACAAAAGAUGAUGAAUAUCGUUCAUUAAUACAAAAAAAUAAUUCACCACGUAGUACAACAAUGACAAAUUUAACAAGAAAAUCUCUAUCAGCAACAACUACAACCACUAGCACCACACAUAAUUCGGCACGUCGAUCAUCAUCGUUGAUCACAAACCAACAAAAUCAUCGUCCAAUGAGUUUUGCAGGUCAUACAGAACGAAAUUAUUCGUAUCAAAAUGUUCAACAACAAUCGCCACAAUUAAAAAAGUCAACAAUCGUUUCAUCACAACGUUCUACAAAUGGAAGUGUUAAUACUGGUGGACGAAGAGGAACAAGUGUGACAACAUUCCAUGGUAGUAAUCGUUCUAUUGCAGAAUUUGAAAGAGGAAAUAGAUUUUUACAAAGUAGACGACGAAUUGUUAAAUUAUUGAUUACAUUAGUUAUCGUCUUUUUUAUCACUCAUUUACCAUCAAAUAUCAUUAGUAUUUAUAUUGAUAUUACCAGCAAUACAUUUUUACCUGACAAUUAUAAUUCAAAUCAAACAACAUCAUCGACCUUUGUUUAUAUCGAUAAUAAAAUGAUCAUAAUUCUUUAUAUUAAUCCAGUCUUACAAUUAAUUUCAUUGGCUAAUUCAGCCAUCAAUCCUAUUUGUUAUUGUAUCAUGAGUCGUGCACUUACAAAUGUCAUUGCAUUAAUUCGUGAACGCUGUCAUCGUCAUAAGAAAACAUCAUCGUUAACAUUGAUUCAUCAUUAUCAUCAACCACAACAGCAACCAAAAACACCAACAUCCGCUGAUGUACCCAAAUUCUCAUUCAAAGCCUUACAAAGAAAUUCAUUUGAAAAUAACAGACACUAA